AUGGAAAAAUACGCAGAUACCCACUCACAAGAUGUCGAUUCUGAAAGCGCAACUCUCAUAGCCUCGGAGUCUCUCCACGAUGAGACAUCACAAAGGCGCCAAAACUUUGUGUGGCUCACACUCUUCAACCUCUUCAUUUUUGUCAUAUCCAUGCUCUCAAUGGUGUGCACAGUCAUGUCACAACGGGAUCCCACCGGCAACACAGCCGCCCAACUCAUGAAUCAAUUCGAUGUUUUCUCACCCCUCAUGCACAAGGUCGAAUACUCCCGCACGCAAUUCAACUUUGCCUCGCCUGUCAACUCGUCAAAAUACGUCGGAAUCACCGAUGACGUCGACGACGCAUGGGUCGAACUUGCAUUCCUCCCCGACCAACUGGUCUCCAAGGCCGACUACUCCAGACUCCACAAGCCCACCACCGACGCCAUCGAAGCCACCGACCCCAAAACAGGCGAAACAGGGUAUCGUGUGGGGGUGGAGGUGUUCCACCAGCUCCACUGCCUAAACCUGCUGCGCAUGGCAACGUAUCCCGAGCACUACACAAAGGUGUCAUGGAGCGAUACAAACCGUCCCGCCGAGCAAGUUAGGACGCACUUGGAUCACUGCAUAGAAACCCUCCGCGUAAACCUCAUGUGUUUCGCCGAUGUCAACGUGUUUCCGCUUCGCCGCAAGGAAGGCGUCGCGGGCGACGAGCCAGACUACAACACUGCACAUGUUUGCAGGAAUUUCGAGCAGAUUAAGGAGUAUGUGAGAGAAAAUGGCUUGCCUACGAUGGACGACUAG